AUGGUGCGACUGGCAACAGAGUCAACGCAGAUCGAGGAGGCUAUUGUGGCUGUGCAAAAUGGCUCCAUGCCUCUUCGAAAAGCUGCACGUACGUUCGACGUACCACGUACUACGCUGCAGCGUCGAGUACAACGUCGGAUGCAGUGUCGAACGUCGGAAGUUUCAGGUUUUUCUGCCUUGGAGCCAGCGGCGGUGAAGCAAGAGGUUUCUACUAUGGUAGCCACUGACAAGCACGUUCAAAGUGAUACAAGCAGUGAAGACCAUACGGAACGCAAGAUGUCAAGGCUUCAGGAGGUCAAUAAGAUCGGAUACAAGCGUUCAGCGAGUCAGUUGGAGAUGCAUAGUCAAGGGCCACGUAAGAUCAUUAGUUGCAAGAUUCGAAUGCUGUGUACGGCUGCUGGAAGCGCGUUGGAUGAACUGAGCAACGAAAUGAUUAAAGAGGGAAAUUGCAUUUACAAAUUAGGAUUGGGACAGUCGCCGUUUCCGAUUCCGCAAUGCAUUGUCGAUGAAUUGCGUGCCAAUUCGCACCAGAGAGACUAUUUACCAGUUGCAGGGCUACCCGAGUUGUGCGAUGACAUUGCUGCAUGGGGAACGGAUAGGCUGCACAUCAAGUACUCACGAGAUGAUGUUUUGGUUGGCCCUGGAACGAAAGAGUUACUGUUUGUCCUGCAGACAGUGUACUAUGGAGAUCUGCUGCUGCCUAACCCGAGCUGUACAAGUUACGCACCACAGGCUGCGAUAGCUGGAAGAAAUAUGAUGUGGCUACCAACUCAUGCCGAGGACCACUUCGUCCUUCGCCCAGAAGUGCUCGAAACGCAUUGCGCCAAAGACCCAGAUGCUCCUCGGAUUCUCAUUUUAAACAGUCCAUCAAAUCCUACUGGUUGCGCGUACCAGGCCGACGAGUUGGAGGCUCUUGCAAAGGUUGCAAGAAAGUACCGAGUUCUUGUCGUCUCAGACGAAAUCUAUUCGGAGCUGCAUCAUUUUGGCACACAUCUUUCGCUUUCCAAGUAUUACCCUGAAGGGACCAUUGUUUCAGGAGGGUUAAGUAAGUGGUGUGGUGCCGGUGGAUGGCUUGCUUCGCCCAUCCAGUAUGCUGCUCGAAGAGCGUUCGUUCUCGGCUGUGUAGAGCUCGCCUCGUACAAGCGCAAAUGCCAGAAGACGCUGCAGCUUGUCGGCCGAUGGUUUGCUUACCAGCUGCAGAAGAUGGACGUCGAGGUACAAGUUCCGGAGGCAGGAUUCUAUCUGUUCCCGUGCUUCCGACGGCAUCGCAAGGCGCUCGCGUUACGAGGCAUCGUCACUGACGAACAGCUGUGCGCGCAAUUAUUGCAGGAAACGGGUGUGGCAAUCUUACCGGGCUCGGCCUUCGGUCGUGCACCGGAGGAGCUCUUUGCACGGUUAGCGGUCGUGGACUUCAAAGGCGACCUCGCGCUCUAUCUGAUCGAUAGCAUGCAAGACAAUCCGUCCCUUGAGGCAAUUGAAGGUUUUAUUCAGUCAGUCUGUCCAAAUCUUGACAUUGCCAUUCGCAAGCUAGCAGCGUGGAUUGCUGUUGCUCGGCCUUCUGCCGCGUCAGCAACAGCCAGCGCCCCAAACGCUGCAUUCUAG